CACAAUAAAGCUGUUUCACGACGCAUCAUGUUCACCACAGUUGGUGGCUUGGGUUGUGCCACGCAUAUCUCAUCCAACCGUGGGAAACCCAAAAAAUCAAUUUUGUUAAUGAAUCAAGUUAACAACAAAAAAACUGUCUUAACGUUCAUCUCUCAAUAUUCACCAUAAUGAACCUAUCUUCCCCAAAACCACACUCAUUCUCAUUCUCAUUCUCAACCUCAAUCUCUCAAAACCCAAUUCAAUUCCCCACCAACAAAACCAUAACACCCCAAAAAACCCUCCACAUUUAUGCACUAACCACAAACCCACUUCCUCCCAACAGUCCUCAACGACUUCUCAAAGAACUCGAACAGCACAAAAACAAAACACACUCACCAAACAAAAAAACACCACCAAGAACCACAAUUCUAAAACCACCCCUCCGAAACAAAAACCUCAUCAACAGUCCUCAACUAACCCUAUCCACAUUCCCCCUUUUAAGCUCAUGCCUCCCCCACGCGCCACUCAAAACCACAGACAGCGCGUGGAUGGAAACCCACUUGUUAGAAGUGAAACAAGCGUUAGGUUACCCUCUCCAACCCUUUGAUGAAAUGCUUGGUGAAGAAGAUAACCCUGCUAAGCAAUUUGAUACGCUGUUGUAUUUGGCGUUUCAGCAUCCCACUUGCCGGGGGAAGGGGAGGCACGUGAGGUCUGCGCAUUCAAGGUUGUUUUUUUUGGGGCAGUAUGUGAUUGAGCUUGCGUUAGGGGAGUUUUUCUUGCAGAGGUAUCCGAGGGAGGCGGUGGGGCCGAUGAGGGAGAGGGUUUUUGGAUUGGUGGGGAAGCAUAGGUUGCCUAAGUGGAUUAAAAAUGCUAGCUUGCAUGGUUUGGUUUUUCCUAAUGUUGAUAUGGAUAAGUUGGUUAGGAAAGAGAGGGAGCAAAUUGCUAAGUCUGUCUUUUGGGCCUUGUUUGGGGCAAUCUAUCUGUGUUUUGGUAUGCCGGAAGUGUAUCGUAUUCUUUUUGAAGUUUUUGGAAUGGAUCCAGAUGCUGAGGAAUGCCAGCCCAGAUUGCGGAAGCAACUUGAAGACAUAGAUCAUGUAUCUGCUGAAUUUGAAGGCAAGCUAAGCUGGCAAGAUAUGGUUGCCUAUAAGCCUCCUGCAGAUGCCCUUUUUGCACAUCCACGGCUGUUCAGAGCUUGUAUUCCCCCAGGAAUGCAUCGGUUUAGAGGAAAUGUAUGGGAUUAUGAUAGCAGACCCCGGGUUAUGCAAAUCCUUGGUUAUCCAUUAGAAAUGACAGAUAGAAUUCCAGAAAUUACUGAAGCUCGGAAUGUAGAGCUUGGACUUGGUUUGCAGCUAUGUUUCUUGCAUCCAUCAAAUUACAAAUUUGAUCAUCCUCGAUUUUGCUACGAGAGAUUAGAAUACCUUGGUCAAAAGAUAGCGGAUUUGGUGAUGGCUGAAAGAUUGUUGAUGAAGCAUUUAGAUGCUCCGGGUUAUUGGUUACAAGAAAAGCACCGCCGCACUCUUAUGAACAGGUAUUGUGGAAUGUAUUUGAGGGCCAAACAACUCCACCGUUUUAUUAUAUACUCCGACAAGGUUCGAAGUUCGUAUGAGCGCAGUCACAGACUGAGAAACCCGGCCACGGUAUCUGUUCAACAAGCCCUUCACGGGCUUUCGUAUGCUGUUUAUGGGAAACGUGAUGUGAGACGUCUAAUGUUUGAGGUUUUUGAUGUUGAGCAAAUUCAGCCUAAAAGAAAUAUAUAUGUAAAGAGACAGUCUCAUUCAUGAACUUUCCUUUCUGCCAUACCCUUUUUUCUUCUUCCUUUACAUCUUUCUCUUCUGUUUUUUACCCUCUUGGUUUAGGUUAUCAACUUAAUGGUCAGGUAGGUGAAUAUAGAAUGCAAAAUACCUUGUACUUGUAUAUUUAUAACAAAAAUGAGGUUGAAAAUUUUAACGUAACUCUUUACUUUGCUCAUUCAA